UUUACAUUAUCAUAUAGCUAAGUAUUUAUAUCAAAUUAUCUAUCUAAUUGUGAAGACUAGGAAUUAGUCUCGCGACAGGCCAGCAAUAUGCCGAUCCAGUGUUCUCUUCCAGACAUCGUUAUACCCGAUAAAUCAUUGUCUGAAGUAGUACUAGAAAGAAUGCUUGGAUACGGGGAUGCUGUAGCUAUGGUGGAUAACACACUCGACGGGAAAGAAUUCACGUUCAACGAGUUUCGAGACAAAAUUCGUUGCUGUGCUGGAUCUUUAAACAAACAGGGUUUGAAACAAGGAGACACUGUAGGUCUUUGCGCACCAACUUGCUUAGAAUUCCCUGUUGCAAUGUUUGGAAUUUUGUCAUGCGGCGCAAAAGUAGCUCCAUGCAAUCCAGAAUAUACUAAAGGUGAAAUAAUACAACAAUUCAAAAUUUCGGAACCAAAUAUGGUGUUUGUUAACGAAGGUAAUGUUGAGUUGAUGAAAGAAGUGCUGAAGGAACUUUCAUACGUCGAGAAACUUUUUGUCAUUGGACGCAGUGAAGAAUUUUCUACUUUGAAUGAUAUGCUUCUACCAGAGAACGAGAAGGAUUUUCCUCAAAAUGUUGAAAUAAAUCCCAGCGAGGAUGUUUGCAUGUUACCUCAUUCCAGUGGAACUACAGGUUUGCCCAAAAGUGUAAUGUUAACUCAUACAAAUCUCGUUGCUUGUAGUUUGAUUGGAGGCCAUGCAACCGGAUACACAACGACAGAUUCUUUUUACAUGGAUAGACCAAUGUUUAACAUGGGUGGAUUUGGAGUUGCAAUCUUCACGCUGAUGCUCGGUGUUAAACUUGUGCUAGACAAAGACUCUAAUGUGGAAAAAAUUCUCGCAGCGGUAGAAAAGUACAAGAUCACCCAUCUUCCAGCAGUUCCAUCGCUUAUGAUACUACUGGCAAAGACAGACGAAUAUUUCAAAUACGAUACUUCAUCCUUGAAACUCAUUCCUUGUGGAGGAGCCUCUUUAUCAGAGCCAAUAAUGAACGCCUUAAAAGAGCGUUAUAAAGUUAAAAUAGCUCCAAUGUACGGAAUGACAGAAUGUUCUCCUAUAUCUAUAAAUAACGACGCCGAGAAUUUUUUAUCGUCUGUUGGAUCAGCGGCACCAAAUACUAUAGUAAAGGUUGUAGAUCUGACCACUGGCGACGAACUUGGUUGUGAUCAAAAUGGAGAAAUCAUGGCUAAAGGCCCACAAGUUAUGAAAGGAUAUAUGAGAAAUCCCGAAGCAACCGAUCUGACAAUAGAUAAAGAUGGGUGGAUACACACAGGAGAUAUUGGUUACUACGAUAAAAACGGAAUGUUAUAUGUCAUUGACCGUUUAAAAGAAGUCAUAAAAUACAAAACUCAUCAGGUGCCACCUGCGGAAUUAGAAAGCUUAAUUUUGAAACAUCCAAAGGUUGCCGAUGUGGGUGUAAUUGGAAUACCGGAUGACUUUGCAGGCGAAGUACCAAAAGCCUAUGUCGUGCGAAAAGACGAAACACUCUCCAAGGACGAAAUUAUAGAGUUUGUAAAAAAUGAACUGGUCGAAUACAAACAUUUGAGAGGCGGAGUGGAUUUUAUUGAAGCUAUUCCAAAAUCUGCUGGGAAAAUACGUCGGAGAGAGUUGAAAAAACUCGCAGGAUUUUAAUUUCUGAAUGCUGCUCCUUUGAAACUAAACUUGCAUUUGGGUAUAAAAUUGGAUAUUUUUUGUGUGACUUAUAAACAGCUUGGUUUUACACGCUAUACCUGGAAAAUGUUGGACUUUCUAUUCAUUAAUUUGUUUAAUAGAUUGACUUAGACAUGAUGUUUAUUUGAAGAUUGAUUAUAUAUUCAACGCCAAGAGAGACGGACGAUCUAGGUCGAAACCUCUUAUUUUGUGUUGGUUCUUCGGGAAAAAUAAAUGAUAUUUGAAA